AUGCCGGGACGGCGGCGGCACCAUGGCGAGCGACUUCUACCUCCGCUACUACGUGGGGCAUAAGGGCAAGUUCGGCCACGAGUUCCUGGAGUUCGAGUUCCGGCCCGACGGGAAACUGCGCUAUGCCAACAACAGCAACUACAAAAAUGAUGUCAUGAUCAGAAAGGAGGCAUAUGUUCAUAAGAGUGUGAUGGAGGAGCUGAAGAGAAUCAUUGAUGACAGUGAAAUUACAAAAGAAGAUGAUGCUUUGUGGCCUCCCCCUGACAGAGUUGGUCGGCAGGAGCUUGAAAUAGUAAUCGGGGAUGARCACAUCUCUUUUACCACAUCAAAAAUUGGUUCACUUAUAGAUGUAAAUCAAUCCAAGGAUCCAGAAGGCUUGAGAGUGUUCUACUACUUGGUUCAGGACCUUAAAUGUCUAGUCUUCAGUCUUAUUGGACUACACUUCAAGAUUAAGCCAAUUUAAGUCAUAUAAACUGAAAUUUGUAUUGCAGUAUGUAUGUGAGAAAUGCUGUUUCAAUUUCUUACUACUUUGCUCUGUAACUUUUAUGUAUGUUAGAAUUUUUUUUUACAAGCUUUAAGUGAAUGUCUUUAAUAAAACAGUGCGAUCGGUAUUUUUAAUU